AAGUUGUUCUUUUCUAUUCGCCAUGCAUAUCCCAUAUUGCAUAUUUUUAUUUUAAUAUAUAAUCGGUCUUAUACUAUCUUUUAGUUAUUUAUGAUUAACAAUAUAUAUUUUGAAAAUAUUCGUGUGUUAACAUAUAUUUCUAUAGAAUAAUGGAGUACAUAUCGUCAGAAAAUGUAUCAGCAAACAGCACACGAAUUUUAUGCUGUCAGUGUGCAGUGCCUAUUGAAGCAAAUCCAUCAAAUAUGUGUGUAGCAUGUUUACGGGCUCAUGUAGACAUCACAGAAGGCAUUCCUAAACAAGCUACUCUUUUCUUUUGUAGAGGUUGCGAAAGAUAUUUGCAGCCUCCAGCAGAGUGGAUAGUGUGUGCUUUAGAGUCUCGAGAACUUCUUGCACUCUGUCUGAAAAGAUUGAAAGGUUUGAACAGGGUUAAGUUAAUAGAUGCUGGAUUUGCAUGGACAGAACCCCAUUCAAAGAGAAUAAAGGUUAAACUCACAGUACAGGGUGAAGUCAUGGGUGGAGCAGUGCUUCAACAGACUUUCAUUGUAGAAUUCACCAUACAACAUCAGAUGUGUGAUGCCUGCCAUCGUUCAGAGGCUCAGGAUUACUGGAAAGCUUUGGUGCAAAUAAGACAACGUGCAAAUAACAGGAAAACCUUUUAUUAUUUAGAACAGUUAAUUUUAAAACAUAAGGCACAUGAGAAUACUCUUGGUAUAAAGCCAAAGCAUGAUGGAUUAGAUUUUUUUUAUGCAACAGAGAGUCAUGCCCGUAAAAUGGUUGAUUUUGUGCAAUCAGUACUACCAAUAAAAUGCCAACAUUCCAAGAAGCUAAUAUCCCACGACAUUCAUAGUAAUAUAUACAAUUAUAAGUUUACAUUUAGCAUUGAAAUAGUUCCAUUAUCUAAGGACAGUAUUGUGUGUCUUCCAAAGAAGUUAACACAUCAACUGGGGUCAAUAUCACCCAUAUGUUUGGUGAAUAGAGUGACCAGCACUAUUCACCUCAUUGAUGCAAAUACAGGACAAGUAUGCGAUUUGUCCUCCACGGUGUACUGGCGUUAUCCAUUCACCCCCAUAUGUAAUCCGAAGCAGUUAGUGGAAUAUAUAGUAAUGGACAUAGAUAUAUUAAAAGAGCAUGAAAAGAAAUCAUUUCCCGGACAAGGGAAUGUAUCAAGUAAGCAUGUUGUCGCAGAUGUUUGGGUUGUUAGAGCUAGUGAACUUGGAUUAGAUGUUAAUUCAAUACAUACGAAGACUCAUCUUGGUCAUAUAUUGAAGCCAGGCGAUACUGUAUUAGGAUACAACCUCGGCAAUACAAACGUUAAUGAUGCAAAUUUCGACAAGUUAGAUCGCAGUGUGGUUCCGGAUGUGUUUUUAGUGAAGAAGCACUAUGGAGAGAGAACAGCAAGGAGGCGGGCGCGUAACUGGAAACUCAAGCAUAUGGCUGAAGAGCUACAUGAAGGGCUUAGCUCUUCUAAUGAUGAUUAUAACGAGUUCCUGGAUGAUUUAGAAGAAGAUCCUGCGUUUAGGCAGAAUAUUAAUAUAUUUAAAGAUGUAAAUAAGAUUGCUGUGGAUACUGAUGAGAUCGACCCCACAUUACCACGCAUUACACUUGCUGAAAUGUUAGAUGAUUUAACUAUUGAAGAUGUUGAAAUGAGUGAAGUGUAAAAUAUUUUAUAUAAAAUAUAAUAUUUAU